ACGACGUAUUCGUCCAUCAUCAUCAUCGCUCUCCCAUCAACAAGUGCCGGUAGUCUACUCCAUGUAUCAAAGUCUGUGCCGCAGAGACACCGCGCAUGCGGGGAAGAGAGCCCGCAGCAGCGGCAUUGUGAGGAAUAGUGUUACCUAAGCCGGCAGCCGCCGCCCAACUCGGUAAGAGGGGUUGUUGCGCCCGCAUCGCGACAAUCACAAUGAUGAGGCUGUCUUGAGACCCAAUCUUUCAUUCACCCUCCAUCUCCAACUCUCACCAAUCCAAUCCAUCGACCCCUUCCUUGGCCGCGACAACCAUGGCCGCCGCCCCUCAGACGCUCGAGGAGUGGACCUCGCUCAUCUGCAAGUCCAUAGACGAGCACUUUGAAGCCAUCAAGACCAUCAACUACAAGAUCCACGCCGACCCGGAGCUCGCCUACAACGAGCACCACGCCCACGAGGCCUUCACCAGCCUGCUCUCCUCCCCGCCCUUUUCGUCGCUCGGCAUCGUCGUCACGCCGCGCGCCUACGGCCUCGACACGGCCUUUUCCGCCGACUUUGUCUCCUCGCCCGCCGGCCAUGGCAACGGCGGUGAUGGCGACGGCGAUGGCGAUGGCGGUGAUGGCGGCCGUCUGGUAGUCUUCAACGCCGAGUACGACGCCCUGCCGGGCAUCGGCCACGCCUGCGGGCACAACCUCAUCGCCUCGGGCUCCCUCGCCGCCUUCCUCGGCCUCGUCGCCGCCCUGCACGCCGCCGGCCCACGCCACGCGCCGCCGCGCGCCCGCGUCCGCCUCCUCGGCACCCCCGCCGAGGAGGGCGGCGGCGGCAAGCUGCACCUCAUCCGCGGCGGCGCCUACGAGCGCGCCGCCGCCUGCCUCAUGACGCACCCGGGCCCCCAGUACCUGCUCGGCGAGGGCGUCGAGGGCGUCGCGGCCGUCAAGAUGCUCGCCAACGUCAAGUGGCGGGUGCGCUUCGAGGGCCGCACCGCGCACGCCGCCAUGGAGCCCUGGAACGGCGUCAACGCCCUCGACGCCGUCUGCCUGUCGUACAAUGCCGUCUCCAUGUUGCGCCAGCAGAUCCGCCCGCACGAGCGCAUCCACGGCGUCUUCGGCGAAGCGGGCGACCGGCCGAAUGUGAUUCCCGGGCGCACCAGCGUCGACUACUACGUCCGCAGCGACACCCUCGCCGCCGCGGAGCGCCUCUGGACGCGCGUCAAGGUCUGCUUCGAGGGCGCUGCCCUCGCCACCGGCUGCACCGUCUCCUACGAGGCCCUCAACUCGUACGCCGACCUGCGCUCCUCGCUACCCCUGUGCCGCGCCUUUGUCUCUGCCGUUGCCUCGCUGCCCCCGCCGCCCUCGGCCAGUACCGCCGCCACCGCCGCCUCUCCUCCUGCCCCUCCCUCAUCAUCAUCGUCCGACGCCAAGACCGUCGUCGCCCUCGACCAGCCCUCCGACUUCCUCGCCGGCUCCACCGACAUGGGCAACGUCACGUACGAGUGCCCGGGCUUCCACGGCGCCUUCGGCAUCGACACGGCCGCCGGCCAGGGCAACCACACGGCCGCCUUCGCCGACGCCGCGGGCCUGCCGCGCUCGCUCGACCGCGCCGUCGCGUGGGGCAAGGCCAUGGCCGUCGUGGGGUGGCGCGUCGUCGCCGAGGAUGCCUUUGCGCGCGAGGUCAGGGGCGCGUGGGAGGACGACAUGAGGCGUGCGGCGCUAUGAUGGCGGGAAACACCAAGAUUCGACCGUACGCACAUACUUCGUACUCUAUAUUUACAUACAGACCAUCAAGGAUCCAGUCCACCUCGCGUCGGCCAGAUGGCAAGUCACGCACGGAGAACCAUGGCCCCCUCCGCACAUGUGAGUUGCAUGCACAGUCUUGAGCCCAUCACACGGCAAAGCCAUAGCACAGUACGCAGAGCAGCAAGUCAAGGCGGGUGCAUCGAUACUCUUCUCAUUAUCCAUACACAAUGCAAAGACAAAGAAAGUCCGUUCUAGAACCUCUAGCGCAGCCCGCAGGCUAAACAAGGCACACGCAUCCCUCCGCGCACGCAAGCACCA